AUGACCUCACUGUGGUUGCUUCUCCUUCUACUUCUUCACGCAGCAUCUGCGAGAAAGCUCACCAAGAAGGAAAAUGAGCAAUUGAAGAGAAUGUGCGGACUUGCAAAGUCACCAGAAAAUUUCUCGUCAACACGCAUGAGGCGCCGAGUCCCGGUCGAAGUUUCUAAAUAUCCCUUUGUCGUUGCAUUGAACCAUCGGAUUGUUCUUAACGGGUGGGACGGAGAGACUCGAUAUGGAUACAAACCAAAACCAUCUUGCACCGGUGUGUUGAUUUCACCUCGUCACAUCCUGACGGCUGCACAUUGCGUGUGCUACAACUCUUCUAACUACGUCCGAGGGAAACCUCCAAUAGCCCCAAAAGAGUUGUUCGGUGUUAUCUUUGAAAGCGCCAAGAUAUAUCCCGAAAUUUCAUCUAUAAGAGUUCACCCAAGUUACAAUCCAACAGCUUCUUGUCCGCUUUCUUACGAUAUUGCUGUGAUAGAGCUGAAUAAGGAUGUGAAUGUUUAUCCUGUUUGUAUGCCCGAAGUAAAUUCUGUGAUUCUUAGACCAGACAGUGUAAAGUCCGUCGGAUACGGAAACGUAGAAAUGCAGUCAGUAUGGUACCAAGGUACUGCGUAUCGGGAUGACAAACGUGGGACGAUCCAUGCCUACAGCAGUACGUCUAAUAUCGUUAUAGGAGACAGCGGAGGUCCGCUCUUGCAGAACUUAAAGGGAAGAAAUUACGUUUUUGGAGUACUAUCUUGCGGCCAAAUUAAAAGGAUCGCGGGUUCAUAUGCAGGAAUGCAAAAGAAAAGAAAAGUUAGAGCCCGCUUCACGGAUGUACGAAGAUACCUACAAUGGAUUUGCAAGGAAACUGGAAUCUGUCCACUCUCUGGAACAAAUAGUCAUCAAAGGCAGCCAAUACCAUCGCCACCUCAGUCAGAUCUACCUUUCGAAUUCUCGAUGAUAAUCUUUGAUUAGUUAUUGGAAUUGGCUCUUCCUCUCAGUAAACGUUUCAGC